AUGCAGAUUAGCAGAUUGUCAGCUGCAGCGUCUGCAGCAGCAUGGAGCGAGGGAGAGAUUGACGAGGACUGCUGCUCAUUGGAUGGCAUGCGAGAGGGGUACAAGGUCCUCCUGCAUCUUCUGAAGAUCCUUGAGGAGCACUCGCACGAGCCGGUUGAUGAGGAAAUGUCCGCUGACGAAGAGACAAAGGAGGUCGCUCCGGAGCAGGAUGACAUGGAGCAGGAGGUGACUGCACAACCCAGUGAGCUGGUAGAUCCGGUCAAGAGUCCGGAGGAUGGCCACACCGCGCCGCCAACGACCACAGCCCUCAGCCGCCCGCUCUGUGGACGGCGUGCUAUGAGCCUGGACAAUGUGGGCAUGCUGGAUGAGCAGGAUGAGUUGUUGCAGCAACGAGCCCUCAGUGACGGCGGCACACCGAGGGCCCCGCAGGCCUUACCAUCCUCCGAUGCCGGCAUGGCAGAGCGACAGGGACGGGAGGGCGGCCGCGAAGCAGGGAGGCCGACCAUUGCAAUGCCUGCGUCUACAUCCAUGACCAGGUCCUUCCCAGCAGCGUUUGUCCCGCUUCACACCACAGCUGAGCGACCGCUUGCAGAGUUUUCGGAGGACGCUUCCGCGCAAGAUGCGCCAGGGACGGAAGUGACGGAGGCCCCCCAGGAGAACCGCGCAGCAGACUCUCCACAAGGAGAAGAGGCAUGGUUCUCGUGGCUAGGCGCUCUCUAUGGCUGA